UAACUCAUAUAAUACAUGAAUCUUACACUUAGUUUAGACAUUUAUAUUAUCCCUGAUGUUCUACCUCUCCUAAUAGGAAGACGUAAGGCUAAUUUCCCGGAAGCGUUGUACAAAAAUAAAGCCCAUAUAUCCCUUUCUCACCAUGGUUGAAAACUUGAAAGUCGAUAAAUGGAAUAUUGGGCUGAUCUUUCUUUUUCUUAAAUUUUUGUGUCCAGAGAGUAGUUACACACGAUUGGAAAUGACAAAUUAUUCUUACAUUAUAGAUACUAGAUAUUUGAACCAAAGUUAAUCAUCAUAUACCCGAAUUUAUUAACCAGGAACCGGCCAUCAAAUAUAUAUAUCACUACUGGAAAAAGGUUAAUACAAUACACCAUAAUAUAAUACGGAUAUAAUAAAACCCGUACUAGAAAGGGAUGUAUGUUUCUAAUUAAAGGCGUAUUAUAUAUACACUUAAAUCAGGGGAGACUUGUCUACAGUAGCUCUUCCAUUCACCUUCCGCCAUCUGCUGAUUCUUCGACCCUUCCGAGUGUCUCCCACCGCGGUCGACUUCCAAUCAAAGACGACCGUUUUUCCCCAUCACCAUCUAUCUUCCAAAUUACUAGAUUAACCUCACCAUCUUUAUUCUUUACAGUUUAGAGCCAAAACCCUGUCACCACCACCGCCCUAUACGUUGCUGCUCUCCGAUUAUAGGAUAUCUUGCCAACUGCGAAGCCUCCACAAACGCAACCCCGACUCCAUUAUCGUCUACUUCUUCCCAACACCCAUUCUUUGGUUAAGCCCUAAAUACAUUCCACCGCUUAUUGCUUCGUCUUCCUCCUUAAUCAAAUUGAGAGCCGCUAGUGUCGUAGAAAGACAAUCCUACACCGCCUGUGUCAUCAAACUCAGAGCCGCUGGUGUCGUAGAAAGAGAAUCCACCACCUCCAGGUCGCCACCUUUAAAGGCUUCCGGUUCGUCUUCGUCGCCAAUUCAGAAUCGUGUUCUUAGGUCACUCGAAAAGCACUCAUGGUCGAUGAAAUCAAAAUGUGAAAUCAUGUUCUUAAGUCACUGGAAAAGCACUCAUGCUCGAUGAAAUCAUCAAUUACGUUCAGUCACUACAAGGUCAAGUUGAGUUGCUUCCAAUUUCCAUCAAUGGCAUCUCAAGCCGACUCAUCUAUGCAAGCCAUCUGUUAUCACCGUGGCUCACUUCAGCUACUUGAUCAGAGAAAACUUCCUCUUGAUACAAUCUAUUUGGAGAUUCGAGAUGCUGCUGAAGUGUAGUGUUUCCUCAGAACUUUUUCUUGAUUUGUUCUAUUGUUUCACAGUCGUCCAACAGCUGUGAAUCUUUCAGAUGUUGCAACUAAACUUAAAAAGAUUGUAACAAACUCUGUUGCAACUGCUACAGAUGCUAACCAAGUGUUCCUUGCUUACAUUGAAGCUGCUGAAGUAAUGCUGGAAGAUGAUGUUGCCUCCAAUAAAGCAAUCAGGUCAUAUGGAUCUUCUUUCAUUCAAAUUUAACAAAAGGAAUCUAAGAAAUUUUCUGUUUUGACACAUUAUAAUACUGGUAGUCUUGCAACAUUUGGAUUUGGAACAGCUCUUGGAGUAAUCCGUGCACUACAUGUUGAUGAAGUACUAGAAAGAGCUUAUUGUACAGAAACCCGUCCAUUUAACCAAGGAUCAAGAUUGACAGCUUAUGAAUUAGUUCAUGACAAAAUACCCGCGACUCUUAUAGCAAAUUCUGCAGCUGCUGCUUUAAUGAAAACUAGAUCUAUCCAUUAUGUCAUUGUUGGAGCUUAUCGUGUUACUGCUAAUGGUGACACUGCGAACAAGAUUGGAACAUAUAGCCUAGCGUUAUCUGCUAAACAUCAUGGUGUUCAAUUUUACGUUGCGGCCCCCUUGACUUCAGUUGACUUGUCAUUAUCUUCCGGGAAUGAAAUUGUUAUAGAAGAAAGAUUGCCAAAGGAGUUACUUAACACAUGUGGUGGUAUGGGAGAACAAGUUGCAACUUCUGAGAUUUGUAUUUGGAAUCCAGCUUUUGAUGUUACACCAACUAAUUUAAUAUCUGGUAUCAUAACUGAAAAGGUAUUCUUCAAUCGAUGUGGGAAUGAUUUUUUUGACAUUAAAGGUUUUGUACACAAGAGUAUGAGCAACUAAUGUCUAAGGAUACGCUAGGGUUUUUAGAUUACUAUUGUUAUGAGUUUGCAAUGUAUUGAAUAAAUCAUAGAAAGCUCUAAAUAAUAGGCUUCUCUGUUAGAGGUGUGUGACAACAUUUUUCCAUUAAAAACUAUAAAUUUGGUCAAAAUAAAAGAUAGUUAGGAUGUGCUUUUUGUUGGUAGUAGUGAAUGGAUCAUGGAUGGGUGAGUUCUUUAUACGUAUAUAGGGUAGUUUUAAAUUAGUUUGUAAGAAUAGGGAUUUUUAAGAAAUUAGGUCCAAUGAACACAAAAUUAGUUUUUAAAAUGUUAGGGUUUAAUGUUGUUUGUUUUACCUUCAAUGAAAUCAGGUUUUUGUUCUUCCCUAGGAUCAUGAUUUUGGUGAAGUGACCGAAUUUCAGCAAAGCUUUCUUAGUUCAAUUUGCUAUGAAUUUUAUGGAUAUACUCUCUAUGUCCGAUAAGUAAAUAAGGAACAUGUUUCUAAACAUUAUUUCAUUACUUCUAUUCAGACAAGUUCAUUUACGUGUUACAUGCUUCUUGUUUCAUUCUGAAUUUUGUGAAU